GAUCUCCGCGCUAUCCUGUGAUCCACGGGGAUUUGAACAUGGAUUCCUGUCUCCAGAGAGAAAACCACUAGAUCUCUCCACGUUCCGCUGGUUCGGAGACGAGGACCUCGCCUGCCAGGAGGUUGAACAUGUGAUAGCCUCCAACAUCAUCAAGACCAAGCAUGGAGAACGCGACCUCCGACGUCUCUAACAAUUCCUGCACUUUUAAGGAGGAUUUCAAGAGGAUCUUGCUUCCCGGGGUCUACUCCGUGGUUAUGUUGCUUGGCGUUCCGUUGAACUUCACCGUCAUCCUGCAGAUCUGGCUCUCCAGAAAGGCCCUGACGCGGACGGCCAUCUACACCCUGAACCUGGCCAUGGCGGACCUCCUCUACGACUUCUCCCUUCCUCUGCUCAUUUAUAAUUACGUGCAGCACGACUACUGGCCGUUUGGAGACUUCACCUGCAGGUUUGUCCGCUUCCAGUUCUACACCAACCUGCACGGCAGCAUCAUGUUCCUCACGUGCAUGAGCUUCCAGCGUUACAUGGGCAUCUGCCACCCGUUGUCCGUCUGGCACAAGAAACGGGGCAAGAAGUUCACCUGGGUGGUCUGCGGCGUGGUUUGGUUCAUAGUGGUCGUCCAGUGCUUGCCCACCUUCAUCUUUGCGUCUACGGGUAUAAAAAGGAACCGGACGGUGUGCUACGACCUGAGCCCGCCGGAGCUGUCGGCGAAGUAUUUUCCGUACGGCAUAACGCUGACCAUCACCGGCUUCCUGAUCCCCUUCGUUGCGAUCUUGGCUUGUUACUGCUGCAUGGCGAGGAUCCUCUUCCAGAAGGACGGUCUCCGCGACGCGCAGGUGCGUCGGAAGAAGGACAAAGCCAUCCGCACCAUCAUCAUUGUGGUUAUCGUCUUCGCCAUCAGCUUCUUCCCUUUCCAUCUCACCAAGACCAUCUACUUGGUGGUCCGGUCCGACCACAACGUGCCCUGCCUGGUGCUGCAGACCUUCGCCAUCGUGUACAAAUGCACGCGUCCGUUUGCCAGCAUGAACAGCGUCCUGGAUCCGAUCCUCUUCUAUUUCACCCAGCAGAAGUUUAGGCAGAGCACCAGAACGUUAAUGAAGAGGGUGACGACGAAGUGGAAAACGGACGCAAGCACAAAAAGCACCCCGUGACGG